AGACAAUGAAAACAAUAAAGCAUCAUCGAAAAACCGUUUUCCCUGGUAAACAACUGGGUAUUUACAAUGGAAAAACUAAAUUCGUAAUCAAUUUCAAUUAGAAUAAGUUAUUAAUAGCAUUUCGAACGCUUCAGCAUUUAAUGUGAAAACGGUUGUGGUAUCAGGAGUUUAGAGAUUUAAUUGUACUGUUUGAUUCAAGGUGAAAAAAUCGUAAAAAUAGAUAAUACCAGAUGGGAGAUACCAGUGAAUUAGAUAGGCAAAUAGAGCAACUAAAGAGGUGCGAGAUUAUCAAAGAAAGCGAAGUAAAGGCUCUCUGCGCCAAAGCCAGGGAAAUACUAGUAGAAGAAAGUAAUGUUCAGAGAGUCGAUUCGCCAGUUACAGUUUGUGGGGACAUUCACGGCCAAUUUUACGACUUAAAAGAACUAUUUAAAGUAGGUGGAGAUGUACCGGAAACGAAUUAUUUAUUUAUGGGAGACUUUGUAGAUAGAGGAUUCUAUAGUGUGGAAACGUUUUUGUUACUAUUAGCUCUUAAGGUUAGGUAUCCAGAUCGCAUAACCCUCAUCAGAGGCAACCACGAAUCGCGCCAAAUCACCCAAGUGUACGGCUUCUACGACGAGUGUUUGCGAAAGUACGGCUCGAUAACCGUGUGGCGGUACUGCACGGAGAUAUUCGACUACCUGUCGCUAUCGGCCAUCAUCGAUGGGAAAAUCUUUUGUGUUCACGGCGGUCUCUCGCCCUCCAUACAGACCUUAGAUCAAAUUAGAGUUAUCGAUAGGAAGCAAGAGGUGCCCCACGAUGGACCCAUGUGCGAUCUACUCUGGAGCGAUCCCGAAGACACUCAAGGAUGGGGGGUAUCGCCUAGAGGUGCGGGAUAUCUCUUCGGAUCCGAUGUAGUCGCCCAGUUUAAUUCUAGUAACGAUAUAGACAUGAUUUGUAGGGCGCAUCAGUUAGUGAUGGAAGGCUACAAAUGGCACUUUAAUGAGACUGUUUUGACUGUGUGGUCCGCUCCUAACUAUUGUUACAGAUGCGGUAACGUGGCCGCUAUACUAGAAUUGAACGAACACUUGCAAAGAGACUUUACAAUAUUCGAAGCGGCGCCGCAGGAAACGAGAGGGAUACCGUCGAAAAAACCGCAGGCCGAUUAUUUCCUGUAGAACUGUCUUGUAGUAUUAACGUAAGAUUCAUCGUUUUUUUGUACUGGGGACUGUCCCACUGUUAAUCUUUAAAAAUACGAGGCAAGUUUCAAAACGGAUCCGGUCCGGAUUUUUAGUGGGACGGACCCGUAUAUUUAUUUUAGAUCAUUGUCCCAUCCAAUAAAUGUCAUACAGUGUUUUACGAGAUGGUAUUUUAUCUAUUAUAUUAUAUCCAUUAAUUUUAAGAUAAUUUCUACAGGAUGGAACACAACCACUUACAAUAUUUUAUUUAUAAAGCAAUUGCGAGUAGUUCAUUGUAGACGUACCUCUUUGCAAAACAGCGUUUUUUGAUAUUAAUAAUUUCUAAAUUUCUAAUAAAAUUCAU